UGUACGACGGCGAACAAGCGCAGCAUUUGUCAGCGCAUCUUGUUCAGUUAGUCGCGGUAUAAUAAUAUCACGCGUUAAUUGUAACUCACGUGAGUUAUUUAUUCCGUUGGGAAUCCGGUGACGAACAUUAGAACAUCACAUCUAGGAUUUUACAGUAUAAAUGAGUAUAAUCGAGAGUCUGUCAACUAUACCGUUGACGAGCUCUUGAUUAGAUCUUGGCAUAUACUCACCUAAUGUGUGAGUCAAUUAUUAUCAACAGCGGUCUGAGCCGGGUGUGUGUCAAUAGUAGCAAGCUACCAUAGUAUAGGUCAGCCUGCAAUCCUGCCCUUGAUACGAACGAGGGGACGUGCGCAUGCUUCAUGCUCCAAAUGUACUGACACAGAUCCUGGCCGCGCAGCAAAUCACUCUCGCUUUCACGAAGGCGACAGGCGGAGGUCUUUUCACUUUGUUUGCCAAGGGUGGCCUGCUCGGCUGGUCAAUUCAACACAAUUGUCUAUGUAUAUAUAUAUCUAUAUAUGCGUGUGUGUGUCUCAGGAGUAAACUAUAUUCAAAUUGAACGUCGCGCGCGCGCACCUGUUGGACUCCGGAAGUCGUGCAGCUUUCUUCUCGGCGUGCAACAAAGUACAACGUCAAGAAGCACUCGUUCGGAAGCAAGUUUUUUCUGAACCACUGGGUAGUCUGUCUAUCCUCAUAACAGCAUGGAUAUCAACGAAGUGCCGUGGCGGAGGUUGUGUGCGCUUGUGUUUUUUGCCUGUGUUAUGCGAUGGCCGUCGACGACCUGUGCGCCUGUGCGGGCAGACAGGACGGGUAGGCAGCGCUAUAUACUUCCCAUCAGCGAUGAAGCUAAGAACUACGCCGCAAAAUACUUGAAGGCGCGUGGAUAUUUGGAUAGUACAGAACGACUACACAGCUUUAGGCUUGUGAACGCUCUCAGGGAGUUUCAGAAAGAUAGGGGACUUACGCCUAACGGCGAAUUCGACAUGCGCACCCAGGCGGAGAUGCAUGAGUUCCGCUGCGGGGCCGCCGACUCGGAACUCAGCAACCUACUGACGGACGAGGAUGAAGAAUUGCUAGAAACAGACGACGGACUGGACGGUAGGCGCAUUCACCGCAGGAACAAACGCCAGUCUCGUCGACAGUUGCAACAGAUAUACAGACAGCAGCUGCAGGCGAGGAGAAGGCGGCAGAGAGAGCAAGCACGGAGACGGUCACGAGAGAGACAGGCCACGACGACACGCGCUCCGACGCGGCGAAUCGUCGAAAAUUACUCAGUGGAAUAUCUCGCUCGUUGGUGGUUCAAUUGCGACUUGAAAUGGAAGGUAGUAAACGACUCACCUAAAAGAAACCCAGCUGAAGUAAGGAACAUAACGGCGACGGUGCUGAAUAGGUGGGCCGAUGCAGGAAACUUGGGAACACCUGUGAUACAGUUUAACGAGACUCAAAGUCAGGACGCCGACCUGCGGGUGAGCUUUGUCGGACGGCGACACUUUGACGGAAAUGACUUUGAUGGCCCGGGUGGCAUUCUCGCUCAUGCCUUCCUACCGCUCGUAAGCGGUCCAUACAUCGGUGACCUGCACCUGGACGAGGAUGAAGAUUGGAGCCCAGACAGCCUAGCAGGAAAACUAAUGUACUACAUCACGCUGCACGAAAUGGGGCAUGCCCUAGGCUUGCAACACUCUAUGCUAAACGUUGGUGCGACCAUUUGGAUGAGGUACCGACACAGGCAAAGUUUAAACGCCGAAGAUAGUUCGACUCUCAACACCUAAUGUUUUACCCCAUUUUCCUGUGAUUGGAAGAAAAGGUCAUUGUUAUGCCGAGAAUGAAUUAUAGCGAGAAUAGUUCCAAUUAUUAUUAAAUAUUCAUUCUUCAUUCCUCAUGAUGUUUCCAAUUUGUUCCGUUUUUCCACACAAAAAUCUAACUAGUGUUUUAAUUUGUAGGCAUAAUUAUUUGUGUAGUAGUAUGUGUGUAUAGAUAUAAUUGUUAUUUCAUCGUUUUGUUUCGAUACAAACACUCAUAUAUUGACGCUAUUACACGUGUUUAUACACGAAUGUCAUAAUAAUAUCUCAUUUCGUAUGAAAUAAUGUUUGUAAACAUUGUAUAUUUGAUCCAUUUGGCCAGUUAUCAUUCAAAUAUACUAUUAAAACGGGUUUUCACAUAUCAGCGUGUCGUGUCAGAGUAUGAGCGUAUCACAUGCAGUUUUUAAGCCCGGUCUACACAAAGAAAGGCAACAUGGGUUAUGCGCUUACACCACUGAGCUCUAUUAAUUACUAUUAAUUUUAACUAUUAAUUUAUUAAUAAAGCUCAGUGGCUUACACGCUGCAAAAAACCCGCGUUUUGUGAAGAAUUUGGAAGACGCGGCUUUAUAGCGCUUGUCUAAACUGAUCCGUUUUGAAGAUCAGACUUACAAGAGUCGAAUGUUGAAUUGAUAUAUUGUUAAUUAAAGAGGCAUACGACUAUCUUUGUUCAGUGUAAAUGUUUAUAAUUAGCCCACUAAACGUUUUAGCCUAUGCAUAUAUAUUUUUAAGUUACCCAUGUUUCUAAUAAAUCAUUUAAAAUGUAUAACAAACAA